AUGCCACUUGCAAGCCCAAAAACGCUUUUGGGCUUGCAAAGUGGAUUUAAAUCAACAUACCAAUAUCUUGUGAUACAGACGGAGCGUGAGAAGUGCACGUACUUGGUUUACAUGACGAUCCAAACGGUAUCAAACUGCUAUGUAUCCGACGUUGAGACAAAGCCAGAAAUCCGAAGCUUGUUCUUAGCAGCUUUGGAUGCGAUGCAUCAAUUUGACUAUGAAAGAAGUUUUACAUAG